AUGGUGCAACGUACAGCAACACAGGUCACAGCACCGGACAAAGAAGAUAGUAUAGCAAAUUUAAUCGGACAAUUUGGGAGAUGGCAGUUCUUGGUGUUCGCAACUGUUUCCCUUGUUAAACUAUCCUCGGGAUGGGUUCAAAUGGCAAUACUUUUUCUAACCCCGAAGCUAACUUUUUGGUGUGUGGAAUUCAGGAAUAGUACAGCAAAUUCAGCUCCUGUUGUGGAGAACUCCACUUGCUACGCCGAUUGCUUAAAGUACGAUUAUGAUGCAUCUCCUUUUGAUAAUACAAUUGUGUCGGAAUGGGAUCUUGUUUGUGAGAGAAGCUGGUUAGCUAGUUUCACGCAAAUGGUCUUGCAACUGGGAAUCCUUCUCGGAAGUAUUGUUUUUGGAUUUCUUUCUGACCGGUAUGGCAGAAAGAUUACCUUCCUUGUGUCCAUCACGUUUCUAGUCCUGCUGGGAUUUGCUAUCCCUUUCGCACCAAAUUAUGCCACCUUCACUGUAAUUCGUUUCUUCUGGGGAGUCGCAACGUCUGGAACUAUGGUGGUCUCUUUCGUCAUCGUAAUGGAGACCAUUGGAUCAAACUACAGGGAGAUGCUCGGAUGCCUGUUCCAAAUUCCGUUUAUCAUUGGUCAUAUGACGGUACCGCUCUUCGCGUAUUACUUUAGAAGCUGGGAUUCUUAUAGUUUGGCUAUGGCUGUACCACCACUGAUCUAUUUGAUGUAUUUUUUCUCUUUGACGGAAUCUCCGAGAUGGUUACUCAGUGUGGGAAGAGUAGAUGAAGCUGCCAAAAUUGUGAAGAAAGCAGCUGAAUUCAACGGUCUACCAACAACUAAAAUUGAUGAGACCCUAAAGCAGCUAUCAGACGACAUCCGUUCUAAAUCACAGGAAGGCCGUGCAAACUAUACAGAUCUUUUGGGACCAGCUCUCCUAGUGAAGACCGUCUGCUGCUGCGUCAUGUGGACUAUUGUGGGUUUAACCUUUUAUGGAUUUAACCAGUACAUCAGUCAGACUAGCCCGGAUCCUUUUGUGACUGUGGCAGCGGCGGGGGCCAUACAGAUUCCAUCCAACAUUAUAUCUAUAUGGCUGAUCAAGCGCUUUGGGAGGAAACUAACUAUCGCCAUAACAUUUAUCCUCGGCGGCAUAUGUGUUUUACUCUUGGGCGUAGUUCCUAAAACCUACGCGAUUACACUCACCCUUGGCACUUUAGGAGUCAGCUGCACAGCUAUAGUAGCCGCCUCUAUCUAUAUCUACACCUCAGAAUUGUUCCCUACAGUCGUACGAAAUAUGUCAAUGGGAGCAUGUUCUAUGUGCAUGAGAAUAGGGUCCAUGAUUGCUCCGUUUAUUUCUAAUUUGGCGUUGACAGUUCCUUGGUUACCGACUGUGGUGUUUGGCUUUGCGGCUAUAGCUGCUAGCGUAAUGUGCUUGUUCUUGCCAGAGACAAAAGGUACUACGUUACCGGAUAGUUUAGAAGAUGUUAGCAAAUAG